GUUGGCUAACCAACGGUCACAGUUUAGCCAUCCCCGUCACUAUUUCUAAUAUUACUUGACUAUUCUCAUAGCCUUUAUCCUGAUAACGUUACACAUCGUGCAAUCAUGCUAGUGUAUAAAUUAUAGAUUUCAGAAGCACGUCAGUUUUAGGAAAAAAAAAAAAAAGUUAAACUCAUUUCACAUAUGGUAUGCAUUAUACAAAGUUUAUAGAAAAUAUACGCAAAUGUAACUACAUUUCUGUUGGUGUUGCUGAAGGUGGUGGCUCCUAGUACAAGAAAUGCAAGCUGUCAGACUGAUCCAGUGGUCACAAAUGCAGUUGCCAUCCAGUGCAGUGACCGUAGAACAAGAACUGUUGGAACACAGCUGUCAGAGGGAACCCUAAAACACCGAAGAAGCCACGGUGUCCAAAGUAAGCCAUCUACACGUGCUGUCGGUGUUGGCACUGAGGGUUCACUACCACCACCACCACAAAAGCAGCAGACUUUUGGGUUAAUGUCAACCCCAGUAAAGGCUACUCAGCCUCCACCUGUACCCAACUGGUCCCUGGCUGAAACAGAAGAUGAUGAAGAAACUAUGGAUCUUGAUGACAGCAGUUAUGUCCCAGGCUUCUCAGGCAUGGAGGAAUCAAGCAUUGCUGAAUCCCCCAGGAUACCACUAAAAGAUGUCCCCAAGUACAUUGUGUAUGAGAGCUGUUUGCUAGAACUUUUUGCUCUUUGCCCCUCCUGCAACCACAAAUGUACAGUGAAGACUUUUGCUAGAGGGACAUUUCUUUCAGUUAAACAAAACUGCCUGACAUGUCACCUUACAAAGGAAUGGAAUAGCCAGCCAAAAGUGGGAAGCAUGGUAGUAGGCAAUCUGCAUCUGUCUGCAGCUAUUGCAUUCACUGGGGCAUCAUUUAGAGAAGUAAUAAAGGUUCUGAAUGCUCUUAAAGUUAAGGCCAUCAGUGAAACUGCACACUACAAAAAUGUCACCACUUAUUUGAACCCCUGCAUCUACAAUGCAUGGAAGAUACACCAGGCUGAGCUGUUUCACUCGUUGAGCCAGGAGGAGGAGGUGAUUUUAGGAGGAGACAUGAGGGCUGAUUCUCCAGGCCACAGUGCAAAAUACGGGUCCUACACAAUGAUGGAUAUGCAAUCAGGGAAUAUUGUAGACAUUCAGCUUGUUCAGAGUAGUGAAGUCGGUGGCAGUACACAUAUGGAGAAAGGACUCAUUCGUAGCCUGAACCUCCUCGAGAACUCUGGUGUGAAGAUCAGCAGCAUCAUCUCCGAUCGCCAUCUUCAGAUUCAGAAGUUUCUCAGAGAGCAAAAGCCUGAAAUUAAACACUUUUAUGAUGUGUGGCAUGUUGCCAAAGGUCUCUCAAAGAAACUGGAGGCACUGUCGAAGGAGCGGGACUGUGGCAAGGUGAAAAACUGGCGGCAGAGUAUCAUUAAUCAUAUGUACUGGUCUGCCACCACCUCUGCCACAGGACAGGAGAUUGACGCAAAAUGGACAUCUCUAGCAAAUCACGUCCAGGAUGUCCACACACACAGUAACGUCCUGUUCCCCCAGUGUCAGCAUGCUGCACUGACUGGUGGUCAGUCUUCCAAGUGGUUCAAGCCAGGGACCAAAGUCACUGGGAAAUUGGAGAAAAUACUGCUGGACACGCGUUUGCUGAAAGACAUUGAGAAGCUCAGCCCUCAUCAUCAGACCUCAGCAAUCGAGGGUUUCCACAGCCUAAUUCUGAAGUUCGCCCCCAAGAAUCUGGUCUUCUCUUUUCAUGGGAUGCUAUGCAGAAUAUGUUGAGAAACUUUUGAACAGCCUGUUCACAGAAGUGCUCCUCGACCCACAACCCUUUACAGCAGAGCUGGCCCUGGUGCCUGUCCCUCCACCACUCUGUGCAGCAUUUGAGAGACCUGACAAAGAUGAGGCGAUUGCUGGCUUCGUGUCCCGCUUCAGUCAUUAAGUCGGGGUCUAAAGCCAACAUACCGGCCCUCACUGUCUGGGAAUUCUCUGUGAAUCCGGAUGACUACACAGGAGGGCAACACCCUGCGAUUUCCAGCACCCAGAGAUCCCCAUACCCAGCUCACAAAACUGCGA